AUGUGCGGAAUCUUCGGUUACAUCAACUACCUGGUGGAGAAGGACAGGAAGUACAUUCUCGACACACUGAUCAAUGGUCUGCAACGCCUAGAGUACCGUGGUUACGACUCGGCCGGUCUCGCCGUCGAUGGCGACAAGAAGAACGAGGUCUACGCUGUCAAGGAGGUCGGCAAGGUCGCCUCGCUGAAGAAGCUGGUUGACGAGCAGAACUUCGACCUCAACAAGGUCUUUGACUCGCACGCCGGCAUUGCCCACACACGAUGGGCGACCCACGGUCCCCCCUCGCGUGUCAACUGCCACCCCCACAGGUCCGACCCCAACUGGGAGUUCGCCGUCGUCCACAACGGAAUCAUCACAAACUACAAGGAGCUCAAGACGCUGCUCGAGAGCAAGGGCUUCAAGUUCGAGACGGAGACGGACACCGAGGCCAUUGCCAAGCUCACAAAGUACAUCUGGACCGAGCACCCAGACCUGAGCUUCCCCUCGCUCGUCAAGGCUGUCAUCAAGGAGCUCCAGGGUGCCUUUGGUCUGCUCGUCAAGUCUGUCCACUACCCCCAUGAAGUGGUGGCCGCCCGCAAGGGUUCUCCUCUUGUCAUUGGUGUGCGGACACAGAAGAAGAUGAAGGUUGACUUUGUCGAUGUCGAGUACAACGACGAGGGUGCCGCUCUUCCCGCCGAGAGCGCCUCGCACAACGUUGCUCUGAAGAAGUCCAACAACCUGCUCGCGCCCCCAGACAAGUCGCUCCUCCACCGAUCACAAUCGCGUGCCUUUCUCUCAGACGACGGUGCCCCAAUGCCCACCGAGUUCUUCCUCUCCUCCGACCCAUCGUCGAUUGUCGAGCACACCAAGAAGGUGCUGUACCUCGAGGACGACGACAUUGCACACAUCCACGAGGGCUCGCUCAACAUCCACCGUCUGCACAAGGAUGACGGAUCCUCCAACGUCCGCACCAUCCAGACACUGGAGAUUCAGCUGCAGGAGAUCAUGAAGGGCCGCUUCGACCACUUCAUGCAAAAGGAGAUUUUCGAGCAGCCCGACUCGGUUGUCAACGCCAUGCGUGGACGUCUCGACCCUGUCAACAAGACGGUCACGCUUGGUGGCCUCCGCCAGUACCUGUCUACCAUUAGGCGAUGCAGGAGGAUCAUCUUCAUCGCCUGCGGUACCUCGUACCACUCGUGCAUGGCUGUGCGUGGUGUCUUUGAAGAGCUCACCGAGAUCCCCAUUGCCGUUGAGCUGGCGUCAGACUUCCUCGACCGCCAAGCACCCGUCUUCCGUGACGACACUUGCGUCUUCGUGUCGCAAUCCGGUGAGACGGCCGACUCGCUCGGUGCUCUCCGCUACUGCUUGGAGCGCGGUGCCCUGACCGUUGGUAUCGUCAACGUUGUCGGUUCGUCGAUUUCGCUCCUCACCCACUGCGGUGUGCACAUCAACGCCGGUCCCGAGAUUGGUGUUGCCUCGACCAAGGCCUACACCUCCCAGUUUGUCUGCAUGGUCAUGUUCGCGCUCUCGCUCAGCGAGGACCGUGCAUCCAAGCAGAAGAGGCGCGAGGAGAUCAUGGACGGUCUCGGCAGGAUCUCUGAGCAGUUCAAGGAGGUCCUCAAGCUCGACCAGCCCAUCAAGAAGCUCUGCGAGAGGUUCAAGAACCAAAAGUCGCUGCUGCUGCUCGGACGUGGUUCCCAGCACGCCACUGCUCUCGAGGGAGCGCUGAAGAUCAAGGAAAUCUCGUACCUCCACUGCGAGGCCGUCAUGUCCGGAGAGCUCAAGCACGGUGUGUUGGCGCUGGUUGACGAGAACCUGCCCAUUGUCAUGAUCCUGACGCGGGACGACAUUUUCGCCAAGUCGCUCAACGCAUACCAACAAGUCAUUGCCCGCAGCGGACGCCCAAUCAUCAUCUGCAACGAGAACGACCCCGAGUUCCCCGCCGACAAGACGGACAAGAUCGAGGUGCCCAAGAACGUCGACGUUCUCCAGGGUCUCAUCAACGUCAUUCCUCUGCAGCUCAUGUCGUACUGGAUGGCGGUUGCCGAGGGCGUCAACGUCGACAUGCCCCGUAACCUUGCCAAGUCGGUGACUGUCGAGAUACAGAGCGAUGCGUGCUGCGCAGCUUCUGGCUCUGCCCUGCGCAUCGGCAUUAUCCACGCGCGAUGGAACACCAAGAUUAUUGACGCGCUCCUUGAGGGCGCACGCAAGAAGCUAAGAGAAGCGGGCGUCAAGGACGAGAAUGUGGUUGUGCAGAGCGUGCCCGGGAGCUACGAGCUGCCGUAUGCCGUCAAGCAACUGUAUUCGGCAUCCCAGAUUCAAUCCUCCAACACGGGCGUCGUGGGCGCAGCAGCCGAUCUCCUUGGCUCCGCAACCGACUUGACCGCGCUCGCCGGCCAGUCGGCCAACAAGACAUCCACGCAGCCCUUUGACGCCAUAAUCGCCAUUGGCGUGCUCAUCAAGGGAGAGACGAUGCACUUUGAGUACAUUGCGGAUGCGGUCAGCCACGGACUCAUGAGGCUGCAACUCGACAACAACGUUCCCGUCAUCUUUGGAUUAUUGACACUACUGAGCGACGAGCAGGGACUCAUGCGCGCGGGUAUUGGGGGAAGCGACGGCAAGUCUGGACACAACCAUGGCGAAGACUGGGGUAGUGCGGCAGUUGAGCUGGGUGUCAAGAGGAAGGGCUGGGUCGAGGGCAAGUUUGUGGACUAGUCGCCUCGGACGGGUUUAAAAAAAAAGGGUAGCACACGAGAGAAAUGAACAAAGAAGAAAAUGCG